GGGCUUAGAUGUGUGUGGUAAUUUUUAGACAAAAAGGGGUUAAUUGCAGCGGCAAUCAUGAGUUAAAAAUAUUUGUGAGCUCUGAGCUUAAAAGAAGAAGAAGAAGAAGAAGCAAGAGUGUGUUGAGGGAGAAGAGAUGAGUGGAGCAUUAAGUUUAAUGCAGAUUACUUCCACCUCCAAAUUUCUAUUUAGAACCUCUCGUUUUUCUCACGUUUGGGCAGGAGGUUUUCAUGGGAAGAAGGCAAUAUUUCCAAGCUUAUUAUGCUUCUCUAGACGUACGCAGACUGUCACCUACGAAGUUGUAAAUGCAAGCUAUUUACCCACCUCCCACACUACACAACCACCUACUCAUUCCUCGGAUAACUUACAAGAAAAACUUGAAAAUGUUGGUGCAUUUCAAAAGCUGCCCAUGGUCAUGCCAUCUGUUGACAUUCUUUAUUCUUCUUUGCGCAAGGCCAGGAAGGUCUCACCCACUAAAGGCAUUGCUAAUAUUGCCAAGCGCGAGAGGAAUAGAGCUGCUAAGCAACUUGAUGCACUCAUGAAGGAACUGGCAGUUCCAUUAAGAGACUAUUUGGAUAACUUCCCUAAAAGAAAAUAUUUACAUCCUUAUGAAGGCUCUCUUAUUGAGUUGACUCUUGGAGAUGGAAAUUACGAAGAGGUUUUGAGAAAAGUAGAUACUCUGAGGAAGAAGGUGGUCUCCAUUGGAAAGGAACAUGCUUCCUUGUGUGCUAAGUCAUUGACAAAACGAGAGGCUGGGGAACGGUUGAAUGAGGGUCAGGAAAGGCUUGAACAAAUUUUUAAAAGUGAAGGAAAGGUGGUCGAUGAUUUAUUGAACAUUGCCAAGACUUUGCGCGCUAUGCCGGUAAUUGAUUUGGAAACACCGACUCUCUGUCUUGUUGGAGCUCCUAAUGUGGGAAAGUCGUCUCUGGUUCGUAUACUUUCAACAGGGAAGCCUGAGAUUUGCAACUACCCUUUUACAACUAGAGGAAUUUUAAUGGGCCAUAUUGCUAUUGACUUCCAGAAGUUUCAGGUGACGGACACCCCAGGGUUACUGCAGAGAUCCGAUGAAGACAGGAACAAUUUGGAAAAGUUAACGCUUGCCGUCCUUACACAUUUGCCAACAGCAGUACUUUAUGUUCACGAUCUCACCGGAGAAUGUGGAACCUCAGUUUCUGAUCAGUUUGUGAUAUACAAAGAAAUUAGAGAGAGGUUCAGAGGUCAUCUAUGGGUUGAUGUAGUCUCGAAAUGCGAUCUAUUGGAAGAGAAAUGUGCAAUGUUGAGUGCAGAAGAUAGCAACUAUGGUGAUUUUGAAAUGGCAGAGUAUCAUAAAAAAGGACCCAGUGGGGCAAUCCGAGUGUCGGUAAAAAGUGGAGAAGGGGUGAAUGAGCUAAAAGUUGGAGUGCAUAAUCUACUAGUGGCCCAGAUGGAGAAGAUAAAAGGCAAAGAAGACAAUUCGUAGGCAUAGUUGCAGGAAUGGAACUUAUUCAUACCCAGUGGAAUAUUGAGAUGCUCAACAGUACACAGGAAUUAAUGCUUUACCAAGAAGCCUUGUGGUUGUGGCCAUCCAUUACAAAUAGGAUUUUCCAAAAGAAUAGGUGAAAGGAUUUUAUGUACAUUUAAUUAAAAUUCUGGAUAAUUAAAAGAGAAGGAGAUUAACCUGGGACUGUCUCAGUGUUUCUACAUAGGCUUAGGUAGGCAUGUGGAGUAUUCAUGCAUAACCGAACUGAACUAACCAAUUUUUUGUUCGGUUCGGUUUUCAGUUAAUUAAGUUUGGUUAUUAUUAUCA